AUGUGUUUACAAGGGCGUGUAGGGAAUGAAAGGGCAUUACAAGCUGGGUCCUUUAAAGAAAAGAAAAUGCGUGUCGAGCUUUUUCAGACUAUGCGUGGUGAAUAUAGAAAUUGUGAAAAUUUUGAGACAAAAAGUAGGGAUGAAAUAUUGACAGAAGAAUUUCUGUUUGGAAUGAGCACUACCAAAUUAGAAGAGCGCCAUUCGUAUUUCUGUCCAACUUUUUAUUAUUUGUUUGAAAUUACUCUGGAUGAUACUGAUUUAUGCUCUAAAACAGGUUUGCCAUCAUCGUUGCGCCUCCUGCAGUCCCAAAUUCUUGCGAAAAAAAAUUUGCUUUCACAAUCGCAGAGAAAUUUUGUUGCACCAGUAGUCGAUUUGUCUGCUCGCAGCAGAAACAUUGGAACAAAAACUCUAAGGCCUCACAAAGCCAUUCCUAUAGGGGAUGGCCCACCUUUAUCUUUUAUACCGAAAGCACUCAAGGAAGACAAGGUUUACCUUUUCGGCGAAAUUUUAGUAGAGGAUGAAUACAAUCCUACGGCACCAACAGAUUACGAAGAGCAUAAAAAAAAAUUAGACGAGAGGAGAGCGAAAGAGAAAAUUGCGAAAGAAAUUGCUGAAAGAUUACAUAAAGAACACAUGGAAGAAGAAGCGAAGAGGAAGGCAGGUGCUGCAAUUGCUCCUCCACAAGCGUUGGUAGAAGCUGAUAGUUUUGUCGAACCUUUACCAGUGGUCUCAGACAACACAGGAAUGCCUCCUCCUUCCUUCACUCCUUCCUUUGGUGGAGCUGGGAAAGGUCUUGGGGUUGCUGCCAAUAUAAUGACGAAACUUGGUUAUAAAGAAGGUACUGGUCUAGGCCGAGCAGGUCAGGGCAUGAGCACAGCAUUGAAAGUUGAAAGGCUGGGGAAAAAUUCUGGAGUCAUUGUUAAUGAGCAUGAACAGACUCUACGUGGUUCUGAAUCUCCAAUACCUCCUAACAUUCCCGUCCCUGCACCAGUGGUGCCUGCCGUAAACACCGCUGAAGCUAUAAAAAAUGCUACUCGUAUCUUACUACUUCAGAACAUGGUCGGAGCUGACGAAAUCGAUGACCAGUUAGAGCCUGAAGUUAAGGACGAAAUGAAGAAGUACGGCCAAGUAAACAAAGUAAUUAUUUUUAGGUUGCUUAACGUAAGCGAUGAUGAGGCGGUGAGGAUUUUUGUGGAAUUUACAAAUGUUGCGCAGGCGAUCAAGGCAUUCGUUGAUCUAAAUGGGCGGUUUUUUGGCGGUCGGGCUAUCCGGGCUUCAUUUUAUGAUCUUUCUGCUUAUAACUCCAACAAGUUUGAUAAAUGA